AUGGAUGAUCAGGGAGACUCAUGUCUGAACUAUAAAGAGGCUGAACAGUUGCUUUAUUGUUUGUGUCUGGAGACAAAGAAAGGGUUGCUGUACAUCAAUGCGAGUGGCUGGAAGCACAUCCCUAACCCUGGUGAUGAGAACAAGCCUGUGCCUGUAUGUGGAGGGAAACUGGAGACAGACAUUCAUGAAGGAGGAGACGACUACAGUAAGGUGGAUGUGGCGUUCAGUCCUGCAGUGCAGCAGCAGGCUCAGAAGGACAAGAGGGAGAAGGACCAGGUCCACCUGUUAGCCCUGAGUUUCACCCAGCAGCAGCAUGGCCUGCGUCUGGCCCAGCAGUACAAUGUCAGCAGCAGUAAGCUAAAGGGCAGCCUAGAGGACAAGCAGUGCCGCCUGGGUUCUCUAAAACAGUCCAGCCACCAACACAGCCUCCCAGACCCCAGCUUCCCUGUUCCAGCAGAUCUCCUUCUGCGUGAAGGGCAGACCGAGGACAGUACACCUGUGCAGCUCAUCACAUCUGUCCAGCUAUCAUCUGGGCCAGGGGACCAAAGCAACAAGACCAAGAACCCGAUCCAGGUGAUCUCUAGCUCAGUGACAGCCCAGCCUCAGCAGCCACAGAACCAGCUCACUGUUAACUCUGACCCCAGGGACCUCUCUAGAAUCCUGGAGCUGACUGUGGAGCUACCAAAUGUUCACUCCAUCACAGAGUGCCAUCUCAUCAUUUCCUAGGUCAGGGACCUCUCUAGAAUCCUGGAGCUGACUGUGGAGCUACCAAAUGUUCACUCCAUCACAGAGUGCCAUCUCAUAAUUUCCUAGGUCAGGGACCUCUCUAGAAUCCUGGAGCUGACUGUGGAGCUACCAAAUGUUCACUCCAUCACAUAGUGCCAUCUCAUCAUUUCCUAGGUCAGGGACCUCUCUGUUUCCCCUUUCCCUUGUGCUAUGAAUAAGGCCCUGUGACAGAUUAACAAAAAUUAUGUUGAUUUUGCUUAAGCGCUUCCUAUGUUGACAUAAUAGCCUAUGUUACAUUAUAAGUUAUCCUUUCUGUUGUCUUGUUGGUCUAAAAGUUUGGGUGUAUUUCUCUAUAAUAAUGAUAUACUACUAGAAGUGGAGGAAAUCAAUCCAUCUACACCUGGAGCUGCCUGAGACUGUGAAUGAGGAGUCGGCCUCUGCCACGUUCAACAAGAAACGGACAUUAACUUUGCAAGUGUCUAUACUCUAGUGCCGUUACUGCAGACACUAAAAGCACACACGUUAAUAGACAAAAAAACAAAACACUGUCUGCUCUGGCAUGUCACACUUACACCCAGUAGGUGAUUUGUCUCUAUGAAGGGACACGGCACUUUGGAAAUAUAAGAAGGCCAUUAGAGAAGGCAGUAACUUCAGUUACCUCAAAGCAAAUGGACCAAAAUAAAUGUAAUUUCUCCUAUGCAUCCUA